AUGAAGGAUCUAUACACCAGGCGGCACAACUCGGUGAAUGGGACACUUAGUCUCUAUGAAUCAUCGGUAUGCACUGCAAGCUUCCCAACCACCGGAGCAGGCUGAGCGGGUAUUGUGAACUGCACAUAGGCACUCGAUUUGAGAUCACAUUGAGUUUAGCAGGCCCACUGCCUCCCGAACUACCCCAUCUGUCUCUGGUUAGCCUCAACUCCAGAGGGCUUCAUAUGGUCAGUCUAUGUAAUCUAUUUAGAAAAUGCUAGAAUUUCACGCUUUAGACACCCCUAUAAAGCUUGUUUUACUAUCUUGAACCUAUGCUGACUCUACCAAAAAUGGUGCUGUUAGCUAUUUCCAUACAAAUGGUUAAUAUGUAUUGUAUUACUAGCCUGUACUUCCUAUUGUGGCUACACAAGCCUGUUUAUAACUCGCAGAUACACUGUCGUAUUAUAUCUAUACUUAAAACUACUCCACAUUACUCUAAUGUUUAAACAAAAAAUGUGCCGAUAAUCUUCAUUCUCCGAAUGUUAUGCCUGAAAAUAUGCAAUUGGGGCACCACGAGCUUGUAUAUUUUUCACUUGGAGCACAAUAAAAAUAAAGAAUUUAGAAAAAAAAAUAAUAGGUUUGGCUGCUGAACCGUUAAAUGAUCACUCUAGGAACCAUAACUAUAUAUGUUUAGUAGAGUGAUUUGGUAUGGUACCAUUCCACUGUUGAGUGUUAAACAGUUUUCAAAUGGACACUGAAUGAGGGUGACCCACAGUCUGUCCCCUCUCUGCUGCUCAGGCUAUGUUCGCUGUGACAUAAGUGUCAACGGAGUGAUCUGUCUUUAGUCACCUUUUGAUGGUAUGAAUUGGUAUGGUUGAUGCAGAGCAUUAACUGCAUUAGCUAUACCUUUGGGGUGCAGCCAUGGAUGCUGAUUGAGAUUUAAAACAAAUCAUGGGACCGUACCGGAGGAAUCCAGGCACUAAAACCAAUUCAAGUGCCGAGAGUGUCACUUUAACUGUAUAGCUGUAGUGAAUUCAUCAAAAAUAGAAAUAUGUACAAUGUAUAUAGUUUAUCUGUUUAAAAAGAAAACACUGAAGUAUUUACAUUAGAUUAGGCAUGGUAAUUAUUUUAAACAGAACACUGACACUUGAUGCAGGAAAUGUAAAUGUUGCAGAGCCGCUCUGAAAUAAAACUAAACAAGUUAUAACACCGUUAUGUCUGUGCUAAAUCUCUGGGUUUGUGGAAUAGAAUAGAAAUAAGCUUUAGUUUUUUUUUUUUUAGUUUAUCCUCCACGUGAUCCAAUAUGGAGUUUGUUGGUAUUGGUGACGGAGUGUAACCUUCUGUUGGAGCGGUUGGUCUGUUGCUUGCUGCUGUAAUCCUGUUGGUGACACUGGAAAGUUCUUACUUCAGUGUACUGAAGUGGCUUAGGAGUACCUUGGCACUUUACAAGGUUAACCCACGGUACCAUUUUAGUACAGUUUGAAACAUAUCUUGAUCCCACUGUGGCCGUGUCAGCGGCAUCCAGUUUUCACCAGCAGAAGAAUUUGGAUUGCCCCUAGUACAAAGGAGGGUCAUGCCCAUUGGCUGAAAGUGUCAGCGGAGUGCUCUUAGCUAAUGAGUUCUUCCAUCAGCCAUACUUGACAGUAACAACUGGCGCUUCUCUCACUGGGGAAAAUUAGAUACAGAUGAUAUGAUUGCAGGCACCCAGUGAGACCCAGUUAAGUUGUCAAACCUGACUAAAAUUGUUUGACAGCUUACCAUGGGACAGCGCCAAAGAGCUCUUGGCACCAUAACCACUGUUAUAUAAUCUAUUAUCCAGCCUCACAAACUUAUCAUUUUUAAUAAGGUGAAUGAAUGACUAAUUUCAGAGCAGUUUAGCUUGAAAAUCUUGUUAAUAGUAGUAGUAGGGUAAAGGAUAAUUAAGAAAUGCUAAACUAUAGUGCCAGCACAGAUGUGCUAAUUUCAGUGAUUGAAACAGCAUCAAUAGUGUUCUUUUUUCCCUAUCCUCUUGGCUCUGCGAAUGUAGAGCAGACUCUAGAAGUCAAUAAGAAAGAGGCAGGCUAUGAACACAGUUCCAUAUUUUACAAGAACUUCUGUUUUAUGAUAACUCGUACUGCUACAGUUUAGCCAUCUCUUCGUGUGUUAUUACUUUUUGCAACAGGUGUUGGUUAUCAUUAUAUUGUGCUAUGAAGAACUAUCAACUCAGUUGGAAAAUUGACAAAUUAGAUUUUAAAAUUGAAUGAAUGAAAGAAACAAAUAGUUUGCAUGUCACUGUUAGACUGUUGAAUAAAUGCUUAUAACUUGCCUUUUUAUGUUGUACUUAAGUUCCUUUUAAAUGUAUUGUACAGUUUUAGUAAAUGAGAUCACAGUCCAGCAGAGGCGGCUCUAGACUUUGAGGCCUUAGGCGAAACUCAAACAUGAGGCCCCACUAACAAAAAAGUGUCACAUAUACACAUUGAUGCACAGUUUACCUGUGUAUGUGCCUGAGAGUGUGUCUGACAGAGAGUAUCUUUGUGUGUGAAUGUAUGUCUCUGUGAGCAUGUUUGCGUUUUUGUCUGAGACCCUAUGUGUAUGGGGUAGCUGCUUGAAGUGUGUUGUGUGUAUGGGCGGGUGAUGGUGAGAGGCGGGUGGGUAAUGUGAGAAGGGGGAGGGGGUAAUGUGGGGAAGGGGGGGGGUAGUGAGGUCAGAGAGAUCAGAUGAGUCCUUCAGGACUGUAGUGGACACUGAAUACACUAGCCUAGCUAUCAAUUUCCCGAUCAAAUCAGCAGCAGCUACACUGUCCCUCCUCUCACUAAGAAGGCAGCUUCACAAUGAAUGUAAAAUGGAUGCUGUCCAGGAGGUGGGAAGGUCUGGGAGGGAGGGUCUGCUGCUGAUUGGCUGGAAUGUGUCUGCUGACUGUGAGGUACAGGGUCAAAGUUUACUCAAUGAUGACGAAUAGGGGGCGGACCGAACAGCGCAUAAGUUCGCCGUCCGUGGCGAACGCAAUCAAGCGUUGUUCGCCAGGAACUAUUCGCUGGCGAACUGUCCGGGACAUCACUAGUGAUGACGUAUGCAAAUCCAUGUCAUCAACCUGGUCUAAGGAGGCAGAGCCAUAAAAAGGCUUUGAUAUGCAGCAGCUCUCUUUGGACAGAAUGACAGAAGGAGGAGCACUCGCAUGGAGACGGCGUUUGUGUAAGUAUACUAAGCGCAUAGGAAAAUGCCUCUGAUAUUCUCAUCAGGUGGGGUGCCGUGACAUUAGCCAACACAGUAAAAUAAGAAAAUUAUUUUAAAGAAACAAACUGUAUCCACGAGCUAUUUCAAAAAAAUGUACGCCUCUCAGAGUGAAGUGUGGGAAAACAUGUGGACAUGCAUCUAUAUCUAAAUAAGGAGUAUCAAUAUGUUUCAAUCAAAGAAAAACAUGUGUAGAGGUGUUGACCAUAGGAAAAUGUCCAUGUGAUUUAACUUGUCUUCUCUCUUGGUCCCCGUGCUUUCAAUUUAUUGCUUUCUUUUGUCUGUUUUUCUGGAUUUAAGGAUUAUUUGCCUAGUCUCUACUCUAGUAAGGAUUCAAGCUAUAUUUUUCAUGUUCGAUAAGGAGAGACAGCUUUCAUAAAAGCCCAGCUGGGCACAGUUAGUCUGAGUGAUGGGAGGAAGUGAUGUCACAUUACAUCCUGUCCCUCAGACUCAUUAUACCAAGUGUGUCUAUGAGCGAGAUAGAAAAGCUGCUUUUGCUGUUAGAGUAUGCAGAAACCAACUGUCCAUUGGAAGCCAUUGCUGUCUGCUUGAAGUCAGGGCCAUCUUUAAUACUAAUUGGACCCUGGGCAGGCAUUUGCUUGGGCCCCCUGGGCCUAGCAUGCAAUCAUGCACUCCGACCCCACACAAAAAAAAAACCAACACAAAAAAAACCCCUAAAUAAAAACACACUUAGCCACACUCUUUUUUACUGAGACAAAAUACACACACUGACACACAUACAGAUGCAGACACUGACAUACAUAGAGAUACACACAUAGACAGGUACAGACAUACAAAGACAGAUACAUAUACACACAAGUGCAUACAUACACAUUUACACACAUUCAGAUACACAGAUGCACAGAUACUCACUGACAAACAUGCAGAUAAACACACACUAGCACACAUACAGAUAAACAGACAAAUACACAAUAACAUACAGAUACAUACAUACAGACCCACAUGCAGAUACAGACACACAAUAACACACAUACAUAUACAGAUGCAAAGAUACACACUAAUACACAUACAGAUACACAGACAACUACACUGACACACAUGCAGAUACAGACACACAGAAUGAUACACAUUUGGAUACACAUACUGACACAUACAAACAUUUACACGCACAGAUACACAUACAGACAAAUCCACACACACAGAUAAACAUACAGACACACAGUUACACACGUACAAAAAGAUAGAGACACAGGUAGGCAUACGGACACACAUAUGCAUACAGACACACAGAUACACAUACAGACACAGAUAAACAUACACAUACAGACAUACAGUCACAGAGGCAUACAGAUACACAAAUGGACACACAUACAAACAGAAAGACACACAAAAACAGAAACACAUACAGACACACAUACAAACAGAUACACAGACACACAUGCAAACAGAUACAGACACACAUACACAGAUACACAUACAGACACACAUACAAACAGAUACACAUACAAACAUGCAAAAUUAAAAUUUUCCCCUGGGGUCCAAUGGCUGCCUCAGGCCAAGUGUGAGCUCUGACUCCUUCCUCCCUCCUUCUCCUCCUGCGCGGCGCUCGGUAAAUGCUGGGAGGCAGUGACCUCCUCCCAGCAUUGUGACAUCACCACAGGGGGCCCGGUCCACUCUUAAAGUGCCGCAGUGCUGACCGGAUCCCUGAAAAUACAUUGCCAUUGGGUGGCCCUUAGAUGGUAGUUCCACACGGGCCGCACGCACCACGGCGGCCAGUGGGCUGAAUGGGCAGCUGCCCCUAGGAUGACAGGGCUUCGGGCAGCUGCCAUUUUUGCCCCGCGUUAAAGACGGAUCUGCUUGCAGUUGGAUGCUGCCUCUAUUUAACACUACUACCCGUGCUCGCUCUACAAAAUUAUCUGGGGGAUCCAUCACCCCUGCUUCCUAUGGUCAUGUUCCCUUUUGGUCUCCUUGGUUCUCUUUAUUGAACUUGGUGUGUCAUGUUUUACUGAAUUGAAUAGUUUACUUACAUCUCUGUAGAAAAUAUUGGUGCUAUACAAUUAAUAAAAAUAAUGAUGUUACAAAAGGAAAUACAUACCACAUACACUUGUACUCGGUUGAUUUUUAGAUACAUUUAGAUACAUUUCAGGGAAAGAAAGAAAAUUAGUUUCAGUUUAUCUAUAUUUCUAUAAAAGUGGAAUUCAAUCAAAUUCUUUAUUUGGACCCAAUAGCCAUAAACAAUUGAUUUCAUGUAUCCAGAAUUUCUUAUCACAACAGGGACUCCUGCCUGCUCAAAAAGAAAUACAUUUUCUGGGUGUGUGAACUUAAUUGUUUAGGACAACAGGGCCUGAAUAAAGAAUCCAAUCUAUUUCGAUUUUUACACCAUAGAUACAAUGAGGAUUUCAAGCAAAUAAUAUUUUAUACCUAUACAAUUAAAAGUUGUUAGCUCAAUUUAACGUUCUGAAAUUAACUUUAUGAAUUAACUUUAUGAAAGGGUUUUUUAACAAAAAGCAAUUUAGGAAAAUGACUUGUAUUUAGCAGCACAUUUCAUUAGCGGCAGAUAAACACUAAGUGUUCCAAAACAUGUGGAGCAGCUGAGCACUUUGCUGGAGGCAAGAAAAGGGCUGUCUUUACCACAGGGCAAAAUGGGCUGAUACUUUAGUCCCUGUAUUAUGUAGGGAUCCUUAGCAGCUGCCCUUUGGGCCCUGUACACCAGGGAUUUGUAACAUAUGCUGAUAUGCAGGCUGUGCACACAACCUGAAUAGAAGUAAAUUGGCUGGCUGAAAUUUAAGGUCCUCCACAACCAAUCACUAAGCAGUCAACCCAUCAAUAUUUCCUCCUGCAGCUCAUCGGUUAAUCCUGUAGCAUGGUUGAGCGAUCAGCACUUGUCUUUCCUGUGCAGAGUUACUCACUGGCUGGUGGUAAUUCCUGCCUCUGUUUCACUAUAAUCAUGCCAGACUAUUAUCCCUGGUGGUCCAGUUGAGGGCACUUUGGACUGGAUCUUUAGUGGUCUGGUGGAGGGUAAGCUGGAGAAGGUGCCUGGUGGUUCGGUGGUGGAGCAUUGAGGUCUGCACUGAUAUUAGCUGCAGAUCACUUGAACAGCUCCCUCGAUAUUCCAGCACUCAGUCAAUUACUCAGAGUACUGGUUAUGGAGCUCUGAGUCAUUGAAAAGAGCCUUAGGAAGGGCCCCCUCAGUGACAGAACUGGACAUCCAGACCCAGACAGGAGUCACUGUCUAAGCCCUGGCCCUAGGCAGCUGCCUAAGCUGCCUUAUGGGUAACAAUGCUCUGCUGUGCAUGUGCUUUGUUAAAUGCAGACACACUUUUUUUAUUUAGAAAACAUCUUACCAGGAAGAAUCUAUUGAUGCGCUUCUUUUUUUGUAUUGUCUUUGUACAAUAAAACAUUAUAAUAACAUUAAACUAUUGCAAUAAAUGAAAGGUUAUUUUUUCUUUCUUAAAUAAACUGCCUAAAUGAUGAAAAAAGUGAACAUUGAAAAGUGAAAAAAGGCAUUCUUUUCAGUUUUAGAACUAACCUUUUCCUGUUUCCUUAGGUAACAGAAGCAAAGCAGCAAACGUUUUCGAUUAAUUUAAAAAUCCAAAUUAUGCUUUACAAAAAUUGGAUCAUUGACAUUUAUUUUUCGUUAAAUGCAUACCUAGUACAAGAUUACACGUGAAUGAUGAGAAUUAGACUCAAAUUUCAACUUUUGUAGUCUUUGUAGAGACAAGUGAACUAUUUUUCACAUGUAUGUGAAUUUCUUUUGUUAAUAAAAAAUUGGAAACCAUUCUUAAACACUAGCUAGAUUUACAACUUGGUAAAUUUGUCUAAAUAUCACAAAUUAUAAAGUUUAUCCACUAAAGUCAAAAAUGUUGGGAAUUCAAAGUAAAUUCAAAUUUUUAGGUUAAACUAGCUGAGUUGAAAAUGUAACAGAUUUUCCAAUGUUCGAAUGUUUUACUUGCACCCACCUAAAACAAUAAUUAUAUAAGUUUUACUCUCCGAUGAUGAUGAUCUCCACAAAGGGAUAAAUUGAUGGAAGGUUAGUGUGCAUGUGCAGCAAAUGCCACGCUGCACCAAUCAGCAUCUCCUCAUGCAUUAGGUCAAUACAUCUUUAUGAGAAACCUACGGCAUCUUCAUGUAGAGCGUGAAGAUGCCAAAUGUUGCUCAAGCAAAGAUUGCAGGACCGAACAAUAAAGGGUUGUGUGUGUGACAGCCACUAGAGGAGGUCAUAGAAAGCAAUGUAAAAACUUGCCCUUUAUCAGAAAAGGCAGUGCGUUUACAUUGCUGAGACUGUAGGCACAGUCUCUGAAUAAGAACCACUGCAUUAAGCAGUAGUAUAGUGUCCCUUUAAAUUCCCAACAAUUCACACUUUAGUGAAUAACCCUGUCAAUUUUCAAAUCACAAUGCUAAAACUAUUGAGUCCUUUGCUCUCCUUCUCCAUUUUUCCUUUGCUCUCCUUCCCCAUUUAUUUUUUCCUUUGCUCUCCUUCUCCAUUUUUCCUUUGCUCUCCUUCUCCAUUUUUCCUUUGCUCUCCUUCUCCAUUUUUUCCUUUGCUCUCCUUCUCCAUUUAUUUUCCUUUGCUCUCUUUCUCCAUUUAUUUUCCUCUGCUCUCCUUACCUUUUUCUCCCUUCUCCUCUGCUCUCUUUUCUUCAGCAGCUCCUCUUCUCUUCUUUAUGGUACCGUAGGCGGGGGAAUGCAGGGAGGGGUUACGUCAUCGGCAUCACUGAUUGGCCGAUUACCAGGUAGCGUGCAGGAGAAAGGGAGGGGAUUCACUCCUGCACAGAUGAAACCCAUGUGAGAGGGUUUCAUCUUGUAAUAGAGCCGGCGCCGCGGCAAUAUUGAUUCGGCCGCCGGCCGGCAUUAAAAUAUUCUAUAAUAUUUGAAAGCACUGCAGUGGCUCUCUAAUUACUCGGUUUAGGCGGCCGCGAGGCCCCUUCUAGCACGAGGCCUUUGGCGGCCGCCUAAACCGAGUAAUAAGAGAGCCGCCUCUGCAGUCCAGUUCAGGCCACUGACAGCCUGAGCACAUUGCAAAAGAGGAAAAACAGAAGCAUUACUUCUUUUCUCUACACUGAAUGCCCAAUUACAGGAUAGGUGGGGAUUUCUACAAUUUAAUUUUCCACUCUUUACAAACAAGCACGUGUAAAUAUAGAGGAUAAAUCAUAAUGAUGGUUUGUAUUGUUUAAUUACAAUUUACAUUGGAUUUAAAGGCUGUAAUAGGCUUUGAUAUAAUGGCAAUUGGUAUUUAGCUAGGCAAUUUAAUCAUUUGGGUUGGUUUUUAUCUAUUAAAACAAACACUAGAGCAGUUUUGGGGAAAAGUUAUUAUUUAGAAAAUAUUUUGCCAGGAAAGAUACAUUGAGAUUUCUUUAGUUUUCAAGUAUGUUUGGAGCAAUCUCCACUGAAACCAAAUUAACUUUGCUUCUGAUUGCAAGUUUAAGGAGGAACUUUGACUUUUUUUCCACCAAUAAUAUUUAUUAUGAUUGAGUGUGACAGUUUCCCAAGAUGCCUUGCAUGCUCCUGUUUAUCCUAUUAUGCAGUGAGUACACGUGUUCACUGCCAUUGCCUUUUUUAUUUUGCUUUUUUUUGUUUUACAUAUGCAAAUUAGCUCGGGGUUUUUAAUGAAAUCAAUGACAUAGUAAUAGUUCCUCUUAACACUUUGUCCGCACAGUUUUCACUUUAAACUGUCUCAAAGGCUCUGUUUUUCAACAAAGAACAAUAGAUCACAAUAGAGGCUGUUUGUGAGGACUAUGGGCUUCUUAGAGAAAUGAGUGCAAGUUAUUUGGAAGCUUUGUUAAAUGGAACUCAUGGGAAAACACUGACAUCUUGUGGUGAACAGUAGAAAAUCAUUCAAAGCGGAAUGCUUGCUAUGCUCACACGGAUUGGUUAAUGGGAUUUUCACAUUUUUGUUUAGUUAAGUCAGAUAUCCGUUACAACCUAGGCUUGUUUCAGCUAUUUUAAUUUUCUAGUUCAUUACAUUCUUAACAUUUUGAGUACUUACAUCCUCGAUUUAAGCAGGCAGUGUGCACUUUGUGCUUCGCUCAUGGCAUCAAAAAUGAAGCAGGGUUAAAACAAGAAAUCCUUUAUCACUUUCUAGAUACUGAUUGCACCCAAAUUUAGCAUUCAAUCACUAAUAACAUGCUGCAACUCUUUUCUCUAUCAUAAUAUUAAUAAUGGAUUCCUUUUUGUGCCUUUAGGAAAAUGCUUUAUUGGUCCGGGAGGUGGAAGUGGACAAAGUGUCCAGCCUAGAAAGAAAGCAAGUGGAAGCAAUCAAAAAGCUGUGGGAAGACCCUGGAAUCCAGGAGUGCUAUGACCGGAGGAGAGAGUACCAGCUGUCAGACUCUGCUAAAUAGUAAGUGGCCUGUGUCUUCUAAACAAAUACACACACCUUGCCUCGGUUAUUUUAUUUCAUAUGCCAACAAUUAAAUGAACAUAGCUUGAUUUUUCCACAAAAUUUUUUUUUCAAAUAAAACAGAAUGUAGAUAUUCUUUUAAAAUACUCUGUUAGUGAUACUGUCAACCAUGCUUUCCUCUACACUCAAAUCCUUUAAUACUGACUUCUUGCUCAAUAGCAGUUUACCAAUCUCUGGAUUAAGGAGUAGCCUCACGUACUGGCUAUGUUUCAAACCACAAUCUGUCAUGUUAUAUCCAAUAAUUAAAAACAAUACAACAUUUUGCUUUGUUUAGUUUUUUUAGUAGGGUGGAGGAGGGUAAUACAUAUUGUAUAUAUCUACGGCUUGAUUCAGCACUCUUCGCAUGGCACGCUCCAGGAAGAAAACAAAUGGUAUGAUGUCGCUGAUGGUGCCUUCAGUGCGACUGACUAGGUUUGUCACCUCCUCAAAAGGACGCAUGAGCCUACAGGCAUUGCGCAUGAGUGUCCAGUAACAUGGCAAAAAAAUUCCCAGCUCCGCAGAGGCUGUCCUAGCACCCCGGUCAUACAAAUACUCGUUAACGGCUUUUUCUUGUUGGAGCAGGCUGUCGAACAUUAGGAGUGUUGAAUUCCAACGUGUUGGGCUGUCGCAAAUCAAGUGCCUCACUGGCAUGUUUUUUCGCCGCUGGAUACCUGAAAAGUGCGCCAUGGCAGUGUAGGAACGCCUGAAAUGGCCACACACCUUCCUGGCCUGCUUCAGGACGUCCUGUAAGCCUGGGUACUUAUGCACAAAGCGUUGUACGAUCAGAUUACAGGCCCUGAAACGCACACGCGUGAAGGAAACUGACUGCUAUUAUAUUACAGUCCAAAAAGUUUUGGUUUUUUUAAAUGCAAGCUAUUGUGACACCAGUGAGUGAGUGGUGGCACUGGGCAAGUGGGCACAGUAUAUGCUGUGAGCCUGACACACAGGCUGGCAGGCAGGCAACUGCAAUUACAUUACACAGAAAAAAAAAAGCAGACUGAUGUUCUAGCCCUAAAAAGGGCUUUUUGGGGUGCUGUCCUUACAGCAGAGAUCAGAUGAGUCCUUCAGGACUGUAGUGGACACUGAAUACACUAGCCUAGCUAUCCAUUUCCCUAUUAAAUCAGCAGCAGCUACACUGUCCCUCCUCUCACUAAGAAUGCAGCUUCACAAUGAAUGUAAAAUGGAUGCUGUCCAGGAGGUGGGAGGGUCUGGGAGGGAGGGUCUGCUGCUGAUUGGCUGGAAUGUGUCUGCUGACUGUGAGGUACAGGGUCAAAGUUUAAUCAAUGAUGACGAAUAGGGGGCGGACGGAACUGUGAUGUUUGCAUGGAACUAUUCGCCGGCGAACCGUUCGGGACAUCACUACUCAUCACUGCUGUUAUUUGGGGCCCAGUCUGAAAUAUAAGGUCUGGUGUUAGGAAAAAAAAUCAAAACACCAUUAUGGGACGGGAGCCAUGGAGAUAUAGAGUACAUUAGAGAUGAAAAACAAGAGAAGAUAACAUUUGGGAUAAAAAGAUAUGAAGGAUCAGAUAGGUGAAAAUAAUAAACAGUGAAAAUGCAUUUGCAAGACUAUCAGUGAAAAAAGUAACACUAGCUAAACAAAACCUCUCAGGUGCACCCAAAAGUAUAUGAACUGUUAGAAAAUAAAGUUGGCUUUGCAAUAUCCUGAAGAUCUGUAGAUUGUGCCAUAUAUUAAUUGUGCACAAGUAGCUUUUGACAUUAUUUGCAGUCCUGGCUAAUGAGUGUUGUUGCAUUAUCUUGAUUAUAUAACUCAAAAUUCUGUAUGACUACUUCUUCCCCCAGCUAUCUUAGUGACAUUGAUCGGAUUUCCGUUCCUGCUUAUGUACCCACUCAGCAAGACGUACUGAGAGUCAGAGUGCCCACCACUGGAAUAAUUGAAUAUCCGUUUGAUUUAGAAAACAUAAUUUUUAGGUAAGUUGCCUUAUUUUAAGAGUAUUGCAGUCACACAUUUUGUACAAGUUUCACCGUAUUCUCCUGAAAAAAUAAGUAAUUUUAUUAGUAUUUUUCAAAUUAAUCGGUGUGGAAGGGCAGAUUUUGUUGCCUUUGGAUAUCGUUCCAAUAGGACAAGCUUUUAAUAAAUUUAGUGUAAUUUCUGCUGUCUGGGAUUUAACAGGAUAACUAGCUCCACACUGCAACAACACCCCAAAACACACUCUGGGAAAAGUAGGGAGUGAUGGGGGGAUAGGUAAAUUAUAUCAUGUAAAAGUUUUAUUGUUAUGUAACCAAAUUAUGCAUUCAAACACAGUGAGUAUUAUAUUGAACCCCACAGCGAGAGAGAGAGUGUGUAUGUGUAUAUCUAUACACACAAUUAUAGAGAGAGAGAAAAUAACAUAGGAAACAAUUCCUAGGUCCACAUCCUAGUGACAUAGGCUGUGCCCACCUAUACAUCAUUUCAGGGACCCCACAAAUUAUUUCCCCCCUUAACCCAGUUGUCUUUCACCGGGUUAAAUAGUAGUAAAUACAGACAUUGUAUAAAUUAAAUGUUUACAUUUUCUAAUAGAGCUUAUAUGAAAUACUCUAACCUUUGACUGUUUUUCUGUAUUUUGUAUUUAAUAGGAUGGUGGAUGUAGGAGGACAGAGAUCUGAAAGGAGGAAGUGGAUUCACUGUUUUGAAAAUGUUACCUCCAUUAUUUUCUUAGUUGCACUGAGUGAAUAUGAUCAAGUCCUUGCAGAGUGCGAUAAUGAGGUAAUAGUAUAAACGGACGUCUGAGCAUAACUUUAAGUAGAUCUAUCUUUUUUUCUAUGUAAGGGCUGGGUUCACAUGACACUGACGAUAAAAACCAAGGUAAAUUGAAAUAAACUUGUUUGGCAUCUUUGACCUCACUAUUAAUGUGAGAGAGCUACAUAAUGUCAGAUCCACAUGAUGUCAAGAUUAAUCAGUGGGGAUUUAAAUCAAGCCCUAUCCCCUGGUCUGAAUAACCAAAUGGUGCACAAUCAUAAUAGUUAUUUUUUUUUUUUCUUAAGACUGUCUGGAUCUUGAGACAGUCUUUUUCUCGCAGGCUAUGGUUCUGAGGUUCUAAUCUUCAAAAGUGCUCAAUUCUUUACAUACCCACUCCCUCUAAUAAGUAUUAGAGGUUUGGUAUGUCAAAAAAGUUAAAAAAACAAACAAAAAAAACCCUAUAGAGAUAGAAGUAACAACAAUUACAAUUGUUACGAUCUUCCAUGAUUUAUUUAUUUUUUUUAUUUUUUUUUUUUAUAGGUCACACACCGUAGGUAGCAAGACUGUAGAAAUAAUUGUCCUUUUAAAAAAUAAACAAAAAUUUACAAUUAUUUUAUUAGAGAUUGAGCGAUUGGACAUCUUUUGCACUAUUGGUAUUAGGAUCAAGGCACUGGACCAUUAUACAAUCUUGUGUAUGAGAGUUAAUUUUUCUUCAUUAGGAAUUGAAGAAAUGGCACCCUCUAUUUAUUUGUCGAGGGACCCUUUAUAUCAGUCUCAUUAUUUUGUAUUCUUUAAUUGCAUAGGCAAUCUCAACCCAACUUUAAAUUAAUCUUUCAUGACUCGCGACAGCCUCACAUCUAUACUUAGAAGUACAGUUUGGGCUUGCUUUGAUUCAUCAUAUCAUUGCUAAAUCUAAAUACAAUAUCAAACAAAUUCUGCAGGUCAGUCUAUUAGAGAACCAUAUUUAAUAUUAUCUUGUUAAAAAAAUGUUUUUGUACACUGGCCACAGGUAUUCACAUAAAAGCAACUCCUAAACCUCUUAUAAACCAUUUCAACUUAUUUAUGUCCUAAUUCUUGCUUUUGGAAUGUUUUGUUAAUACUUAAUUGAGGUAUUUUUACUUUAAUUGUCUUAUUAGAACCGGAUGGAGGAAAGCAAAGCCCUGUUCAGAACCAUCAUCACAUAUCCUUGGUUCCAGCAUUCUUCAGUCAUUCUUUUCUUGAACAAAAAGGAUCUUUUAGAGGAAAAAAUCAUGUUCUCCCACCUAAUCGACUACUUUCCAGAGUUCUCUGGUAAAACAUUUUUGUUACAAAUACCCAUGUGUAAUAUUCAUGAUUUAUCUUAAAACAGGUGUGUGUGUGAGUGAUGACAAGACAUAUAUUGGUGCAUAUGACAUGAUUAGUGCAUGUAUGCUUCAGCAAAUGCAGUGAAAAUUUUAAGUUAUUUAUUUAUAAAAAUAUUUUACCAGGAAUUAUACAUUGAGAUUUUUCUAAUUUUUAGGUUCCUUCUGCUCCCCUCCCCCCCUUUUUUUUUGUCAAAAAAUAAUCAGUUAUUCAAUAAUCAAUGCAAAAUGUCAAACUAAUUGAGAGUUCUCCUCUACGUCUCUUUUCUGAAUCAGAGAUUAAAUAAAUAAUAUUUUAAGAUAGCACAACAUAUCCUAACUUUUAAAUUCAUGAUCUUUUAUUUAGGUCCUAAACAAGAUGCAAAAUCUGCCCGGGAAUUCAUACUGAAACUUUACCAAGAUCAGAAUCCCGACAAGGAAAAGGUCAUCUACUCGCACUUCACCUGCGCCACAGACACAGAGAACAUUCGCUUCGUCUUUGCUGCUGUUAAAGACACUAUCCUACAGCUGAACCUGAGAGAAUUUAAUUUAGUGUAA